CUCAGCCGGGAGCAAGAGCUCAAACGAACUGCUGUGACCGCGCGAGCCAGCCAAACGGGGAGGGAGAGGGAAUCGUGUGCCACCACUCUCCCAUUUCUCUCCGCUCUCGUCUCCCCAAGAACUGAUCCCCUCUUCAGCUGACGCGGAGCUCCCAGGCAGCCCCGAGGUCCCGCGAUGAGGCGGAUCCGGGCUAAUGCCAUUGCGAUCCUGACCGUAGCCUGGAUCCUGGGCACUUUCUAUUACUUGUGGCAGGACAACAAGCCUCAUUCAGCAGCGUCCAGCCGGUCUCCCAGCAGCGGCGGCGGCAAGAGUGGGCAGAGAAGCUCCGGCAAAGUCGAGCUCCACAAAGAAGAGAGGACCGUCCCCCUCCUCCCAUCCAAGCCACCACAAGCUGAGAAAAAUGGCUUAAGGGGAUUUGAUGAAAAGGCCUACGUAUCCUCAAAGCUGCUGAAGGCUGGAGAAGACCCUUAUCGGCAACAUGCUUUCAAUCAGUUGGAGAGCGAUAAACUGAGCAGUGACCGGCCCAUCCGAGACACUAGACAUUACAGGUGUGCAUCUGUUCGCUAUAGUGCAGACCUGCCGGCGACAAGCAUCAUUAUCACUUUUCACAAUGAGGCUCGCUCCACCUUGCUCCGCACAGUGAAAAGUGUUCUAAAUCGCACUCCUGUGAACUUGAUUCAGGAAAUAAUUUUAGUGGAUGAUUUCAGCUCGGAUCCUGAAGACUGCCAACUACUUACCAAAAUCCCAAAGGUCAAGUGUCUACGCAAUGGACGUCGAGAAGGGCUAAUCCGCUCCCGAGUACGAGGUGCUGAUACAGCAACAGCUGAUAUUCUCACCUUCCUGGACAGCCACUGUGAAGUGAAUAGUGAAUGGUUGCAGCCAAUGCUUCAGAGAGUAAAAGAGGAUUAUACUCGGGUGGUGAGUCCUAUCAUUGAUGUCAUCAGCUUGGACAAUUUUGCCUAUCUAGCAGCAUCAGCAGAUUUGAGAGGAGGAUUUGACUGGAGUCUUCAUUUCAAAUGGGAACAGAUUCCCAUUGAGCAAAAGUUGUCCAGGACAGACCCCACCCAGUCUAUCAGGACACCUGUCAUAGCAGGAGGAAUCUUUGUGAUCAAUAAGUCUUGGUUUAACCAUCUUGGAAAAUAUGACACACAGAUGGAUAUCUGGGGAGGAGAGAACUUUGAGCUUUCUUUCCGUGUCUGGAUGUGUGGAGGUAGCUUGGAGAUUGUCCCCUGCAGUCGAGUGGGUCAUGUUUUCAGAAAACGACAUCCAUAUGACUUCCCUGAGGGCAAUGCACUAACCUAUAUCAAAAAUACCAAACGUACAGCAGAGGUAUGGAUGGAUGAAUACAAACAGUAUUAUUAUGAAGCCAGACCUUCUGCCAUUGGGAAGUCAUUUGGAAGUAUUGCGGACCGAGUGGAACAGCGCAGGAAGCUGAACUGUAAAUCCUUCCAAUGGUAUUUGGAGAAUGUCUAUCCCGAACUCAAAGUCCCAGAAAAGGAGCUGAUUCCUGGGAUCAUCAAGCAAGGAGGAAAUUGUUUGGAAUCUCAGGGCCAGGAUACAGCAGGAAAUUCUCUGGCAGGGAUUGGAAGCUGUAAAGGGUCAGUGAACAAUCCUGUUGCCACUCAGGAGUGGAUUUUCAGUGACCCUUUAAUCAGGCAGCAGGACAAGUGCCUCUCAAUCACCUCCUUCUCCACUGGCUCACAAGUCACAGUCGAGGCAUGCAACCAGAAAGAUGGCAGACAGAAAUGGAAGAUGAAAGGUAGCUUCAUCCAGCAUUUUGUCAGUGGCCUAUGCUUAGAAAAUGAGUCCAGCAGAUUAGUGACCAACAUCUGCCAGUCGGAUAUUCUGGGUCAACAGUGGGAGCUGCUCCAAGCCACAUGAUGGUUGCCCAGCUUCUUUUUGGUUCUGAUACUUUUUGCAUGAGACUCUGGGAAUGGAAGGGGCUAGGGUGGGUGAUGAAUUCUGGUUUUCUUUAAACCUAAAUGUUUUGACUGCGAUCCUCAGCCAAUAACCAUUUCAGAUGAAAUGUCAUUGUUUUUGGAUUCAAGUUAAUGAAGCACUCCAAGCUGUAUGGCAACAUCAGUGGAAAUGGCCCAUCUUUUCCCACUUUGAGUAACAGUGGGAACUGGGUGGGAAGAAUCUAUCACAGUAAUCAAUGUGUGUUUAAGCCUGAUUGACAGCUCUUCCCUUCCAUUCCUUUGUCUCCAGAGAAACUUAUGGUCUAUGAUCCCAUGGAGUUGCUGCAGUUGGUGUCUGUGACCAUGCUCAAUGUGAACUCCUGAUGGGUUUGCUUGAUUUCAGACAUGAUGUUGCCUCUCAUUCUGCAUGUGUGUCAUACUGUUUGAUUCAUGGAAAGGGUGGCAAGAAAAGGGGAGGGGCUAAGUUAUAGAAAAGUACAUAAUUGGUGGGAAAUGAGACAGAGGUAAAGCUUUUUGUUUUUGUUUCUGAAUGUGUUUCAUCACUGGAGCACAUUGAUAUCAUUCCUUGCAGAGAUAGCGUUCCUUGCUUUCUCUGGCAGGUAGGAUUGAUAGAACUGCAGGAAGAAAGCUAAACCAGUCUUUACCAGCAAAGAUAUCUGGUAUAUUUCUUAAGCUUUAAGAUCUGAGGUAGAGAAAUAUUGUUAGAAAUUACAUGAACAAAGGCUCCUUUUUUCCUGCCCUCUGGAGAGAACACAUAUUCUUUCCUUCUGCUUUCACUAACAUGUGCUUGGCAUACAGUCAUGGGGAAAAGGCAGCUCAUGGUAACUAUUCUGUAUUCUUGUAAAUACAGCUUUGGCUGAUGGCCAAAGGGUCAACUUGUACUUUUACACUCAUCCCUUUUAGGUUAAUCAAAAUUGGAUUUCUUCCUAAGGGCCUAUCAGCUAUUUCCCAGCCUAGUCCUGCCUGGGAAACCUUUUGGAGCCAUGCCCAAAGCAAAGCUUUCUUCCCUUGUUUGUAUAUG